CUCUGGGUUUUCACUGUAAAAAACAAUAGAAGUCACCAAACAAAAAGCCUCCAGAAGAUAAUUUGAUAUUUUGAUUAGAGGGAGUGAGCCAACUGCGACAGUUCAACUCUUUCGUAGCUACAACAGCACCGCCCAACUCGAAUUCGAAGAACCAAGGCCAACAUUGUAGAGAUAUUGUGUUUUUUGAGUCGUAUUGAUCGGUUGGUCUAAAUGGAUCCACUGGCUGAGGAGCAAAUAGAUUAUGAAGAGGAGGAAUAUGGAGGUGCUCAGAAGCUCCAAUAUCAGGAAAGUGGAACCAUACCUGCUCUCGCAGAUGAAGAACCAAUGGUAGAAGAUGAUGAGUAUGACGAUCUCUACAAUGAUGUUAAUGUUGGCGAGGGUUUCCUGCAGAUACACCGACCGGAGCCACCACUUCUCCCUCCCCCUGCUGCUGUUGGCAAUGGAGGAGUCCAAGCUCAGAAAACUGAUGUUCCAGUUCAGAGCGGUGUUUCUCAGGAACUGAAAAAUCCGGGUUUUCCGGCUGAAGUAAAGUAUUCUAGUGCUCCUGAACAGAAGGAUCAGCCUCAGGUCUCUAUGGUGCCUGAAAUGGCAUCUCAAAAGGGGAGGGUUAUGGAGAUGACUCAUGAUGCUCAAGUCAGGAAUAUGGGGUUUCAAGGGACAUCAACUAUGCAGUCCAAUGUUGGUGUUGAUUCUUCAGAUCAUAUUGCAAAAAUUGCCAAUGGGCCCGUUCCAUCGAUGAAUUCUGGCAGUAAUGGUCCUUCAGCUAUUCCACAGAUGCCUGCUAAUCAAAUGAAUAUGAAGAUAAAUGUUAAUCGCCCGAUGGUUAAUGAAAACCAAAUCCGUCCCCCAAUUGAGAAUGGUUCGGCCACACUGUUUGUGGGUGAGCUCCAUUGGUGGACUACUGAUGCUGAGCUGGAAGGUGUUUUGUCUCAGUUUGGGAGGAUCAAGGAAAUUAAGUUCUUUGAUGAGAGAGCCAGUGGUAAAUCCAAAGGCUAUUGUCAGGUAGAUUUUUAUGAUCCAGCUGCCGCCAGUGCAUGCAAAGAGGGAAUGGAUGGUUAUGUUUUUAAUGGGAGAGCUUGUGUCGUGGCUUUUGCUUCUUCACAAACUUUAAAGCAGAUGGGAGAUUCUUAUGUAAACAAAUCCCAAGGGCAGGUUCAGACUCAGCCCCAAGGCAGAAGGCCUAUGAAUGAUGGUGCUGGGAGAGGGGGAAAUAUGAAUUAUCAGGGUGGAGAUACAGGGAGAAACUUUGGAAGGGGUAAUAAUAAUUGGGGACGAGGUGGACAGGGAGUACUCAACAGAGGUCCUGGUGGUGGAGGACCUGGGAGGGGACGAGGAGGGGCCAUGGGUGCAAGGAACAUGGUUGGAAACAAUGCCGGGGUUGGAACUGGUACUAAUGGAGGAGGCUAUGGACAGGGCCUAACAGGUCCUGGUUUUGGCGGUCCUGUUGGAGGUAUGAUGAAUGCACCUGGUAUGAUGGGCCCUGGGUUUGAUCCAACAUAUAUGGGUCGAGGAGGUGGUUACGGAGGAUUCCCUGGUCCUGGUUAUCCUGGAAUGCUUCCACAAUUUCCUGGUGCUAAUCCAAUGGGAUUUGCUGGGGUUGCUCCUCAUGUAAACCCAGCUUUCUUUGGCAGGGGCAUGGCAGCGAAUGGGAUGGGAAUGAUGGGUUCAUCUGGAAUGGAGGGGCAUCACGCGCCUAUGUGGAAUGAUCCAAGUAUGGCUGGGUGGGGAGGAGAAGAACAGGAUCGAAGAACUAGGGAAUCGAGCUAUGGUGGUGAUGAUGGGGGGUCUGAGCAUGGAAACUAUGGGGAGGCAAAUCAUGAGAAAUCAGUUAGGUCAAGUGCUGCUCCUAGGGACAGAGAAAGGGAAUCUGAGCGUGACUGGACGGGAACCUCUGAGAGGAGGCAUCGUGAUGAAAGGGAACAAGACUGGGACAGGUCUGAGAGGGAGCACAGGGAACCUAGGUACAAGGAAGAAAAGGAAAGUUACCGAGACCAUCGGCGUAGGGAGCGUGACGUGGCCUAUGAGGAUGACCGGGACAGAGGACACUCUUCUUCAAGACCUCGCAGUAAAUCCAAGGCAAUGCCAGAAGAUGAUCACCGUUCUCGAUCAAGGGAUGUGGACUAUGGGAAGAGGAGAAGAUUGCCAUCUGAGUGAAACCAACAAACUAGUAGACUAGCUGUCCUUAUUUGGUAUGUCUUUGAUACUAGUCAUACUGCAGAAUAUAAGUUUGGACCUUCAAACAGUGUCUAGCCUGGGAUAGCUACUGUUCAUCCGCGUCUUCAUUUGUGUUUGGAUGGGCCAACCUGCAAGCGCUGUUUCAUCAUGGAAAAGUAAGUUUUAUGGGUCUGCAUAGGAGGGAAGGAUAAACUCCCCCCCCCUCCCCCCGAUUUUAUACUGCUUUCUACAGAACAUUUAGCUGUGGCUAUUAGUGUGUUUUUUUGAAAACAAUUAGUAACUUUCAGUAGCAUCACUAUCAUGAUAUCAGUGCUCAGGUUUGAUUACUCAUAUCCUGCUGCUGUUAUCUUGUUGGGCUUAUUUCUGUGCUACCUAAGCUUUCAUUAAGACAAUUAAUUAUGGAGUUUGGCUAUUUAUAAUUUGAAAAUUUUAAUGUCUAUGUGAUUGUGGGAGGUUAUAUCUAGAUUUUCUUUUUUAUUUUAUUCUCAAGUGCAGUCUAUGCUUUAUCUUAAAUGAAAGGUUAGAGAUGAGGGAUGCUAUAAUUAGGAAAAGAAAUAAGAAUCUGUUGUUUGUAUUCUUUUCUCUUGAUCUCUUGACACUUAAGUGAUGGUGUAUACAAGUCAUGUCUGAAUUAUUGAUCUAGGCUUGGGCUUGGCUUAUUGGUUGUGGUCUUGGAAUGAUAUCUGAAUCUUUCCUCGCACUUAAAAUUCUUGAUUGUCAUGUCAGUUUGGGUGGCUUUGAUCUGCUAACUCUAUAAGUACCUGAGGUGAGAGUUGCAUGUACUAUGGUUGUGCCUAUGGGGAAGUUUAAUUCAUGCCAUGGCUGGUUUGACUGUGAACUUGGAUUUCCAAUUUUCAUUUUUGUCCUCUUCUUUUUAUUUUAUUAAAACAGCAACAGAUUAUGAGGUGGUGUCUUGGCAAUUUAUUUUAUCUGAUGUCUAUUGACAUGCGGGUUU